UGCUUCCGUCGACCGCCUCGCGAUGGCACGCUCGCUGCUCGUAGCGGACUUUUCACGCGUCAACGUGAUUCGUGAACUUUCAUAAUAAUAAUUCAAUUUAUAUAUAAAAUGACUCUUUUUUUAAAUGUAUACGGUGUUUUAUGGAUAGCGUUAACAGCUUGCAGUACGACCGGUCGAGAGAUUCCGGGACAAAAUGUCGUAUCUGUCGCACCUAUUGAAGUGCCCGAUGAGUCCAUGUACCCGAGAUUUGCAGAACCUAUACCGAAUGUUACCGUCACUGUCGGCAGAGAUGCAUUGCUUGCUUGCGUCGUCGACAAUUUGAGAGGGUUCAAGGUGGCGUGGGUCCGUAUGGACACUCAAACAAUUCUAAGUAUCCACCAUAACAUCAUUACUCAGAAUCCCCGCAUCAGUCUCUCAUACAAUGACCACAGGUCAUGGUACCUUCAUAUAAAGGACGUGCACGAAGUGGAUCGAGGAUGGUACAUGUGUCAAGUCAACACUGACCCCAUGCGAUCCAGAAAGGGAUAUCUUCAAGUCGUAGUUCCACCAUCAAUCAUUGACAAUAUGACGUCGACUGACAUGGUGGUAAGGGAGGGUGCUGAUGUUACCAUGGUAUGUCGAGCAUCAGGGUAUCCUGAACCCUAUGUGAUGUGGCGGCGGGAGGAUGGACAAGAUUUUAAUUAUAACGGAGAAUCAGUAAGUGUGGUCGACGGUGAAACACUCACUAUAACGAAGGUAUCUCGCCUGCACAUGGGUGCAUACCUGUGCAUUGCAUCUAAUGGAGUGCCACCUUCAAUUAGCAAACGCAUCAUGCUCAUGGUUCAAUUUCCUCCGAUGUUAUCAAUUCCGAAUCAACUAGAAGGCGCCUAUCUAGGACAGGAUGUAACGCUGGAGUGCCACACAGAGGCAUAUCCCUCCUCUAUCAACUACUGGACAACGGAUAGGGGAGAUAUGAUAAUAUCCGAAAUGGAAAUUGUAGGUGGGAAAUACGAAGCGAUUCCAGUCGACAGCGGCUACAACAAGUUCAUGAUGCUCAAGAUACGGAAUAUUACGAAAGAAGAUUUCGGUUUCUACAAGUGCAUCGCCAAGAACUCGCUCGGGGAAACUGACGGCAUUAUUAAACUUGACGAAAUACCGGCCCCGCCGUCCGCCUUUACGACCACUCAGAAACCGGUACUAGACAACCAAACAAUAAGGAAAAAAGGGCAACUUAUUCAAACAAAUGAAGCCAUCAGCUCCACAUUCCAAGGUGAGGUGUUUGAUGGACAAAUACGGGAUUUUGAUUUCUACGAAAACUCGGCUCUGACACACAAUUUGAAUAUUAAUUUAAUACUAGUAUAUUGUUUAUAUCACAUAUUUUUAGUAUCCUGAUGUAAAAUUUGUUUAAUUUCGUGAUAAUUUUCGCAAGUAUCAGACGUUUUAAUGAAAUACAGAUAUUUUGUUAAUCAUGCGCAGGCUUACUCUGUAAAUUCAAUAGUUAUUCUGGUAUUCCGAAUUCUUAUAUUUUAUCAUAUUGCAUACGACACACGUUCUUUAUUAUAUAAGAUUAAGCUUGCUGUGCUAUUGGUCUGUGAAAUCAAUAUCGGUUUCACAGAGUAACCCUGCUGAUAACACCUAUCUUAUGAACCUUAAAACUAUAAAUGAACAAAAAACUGUAAAUCAAGUAUAACUAUUCUUAACAGAGUUAUAUUUAUUUAAGAAAAACCUUUAACAGUUAAAACUGUAUUUCAUUAAAACAUGUUCUGUAUCAAUACGAGUUCCUUUAUGUCAUGCUGAACAGACAAUAACAUUAUUGAAGUCUGCGACCGAGUUUGUACGAACCUGGCAUUUGUAGGUUUAGACUAAAUGAAUGACUAGAUGUUUCAAUGUGAUUGACGUUUUCUUUGCCAAAGAAUACCGACUUAAUAUAAAAUAACUCUGCGAAUUUGAAGGAAUGAGCCCGAAUAAGAACGCUUUCGUUAAUGCUGUUUAUAAAUUGCUUUGAGGUUAUUCAUGAUUUAGUUAACGCAAACAUAAUACACUUUAUUUAUUAUUAAUAAACAUUGCUAAUAGAUGCUAUAAAUGCAGCUUAUUGAAAUGUUUGGAUUUUUCAAUAACUGCGCUUACAAAAAAUAAAAGCCAGCGUAAAAUAUUGCCUCAUAGUAAAUCCUAUAGGAUUAAAACCUGGACUGGGACGCCCAAAAAGGGCAGUCAUCGCAGUCCAUGGGCAUCAAGACACACCCAGGUUUGCCGGCCUUUGAAGGAAUACAGUCUUACUUUGAACAGUUGUCGUAUUUCUCAAAGGCCACUUCAUUCAACGCUUCAGAUAUUACGAUCACAAAUGACUAUAUUGUGUCAAUGAAGCCAGAUAGGUUGUCAACGAACAAACGAAACAACUGACUAGACAAUUAAAUUCAUUUAGUCUAAACUGGAAAUUUUGGCUUUGUUUUAUAGUAGAUGUAACGUCUUAUGUAUAAAUUAGAUUUAGGUCGAAUUUUCUACAUCGAUUUUGUAAAUUUUGGAUAAGCCUUGUAGAAUCUUAGACUAAUAAAACGAGUCUUUAGUUAAAAUAUAGUAUUGCGCUCUGUAAUUUACAGAUUUUAAAACAAGAUUACAAAUGAAAUUUGAUUCACAUUUUGAAUGUGGAACAAAUACUUGGUAGUUAUUUUUUUAUUUGUAAUAAGUGACACAUGAGUAAUAUACAAUCUACAGAAUCGUUUUUCGAAUAAAACUCAUGCUUGGUUCACUGUUUUUGUAGUAAACGCACAAUUCCAAAUAUAAACUGCCUAUUCUAGAAUUUAGAUCGUUAAUGUUGUUUAGGAAAUAAAUUGCUUUAUUUUAUAGGAUACACAUUGUUUUUAUUUAUAUAUUGUUUUAAGUAGAUCUUACCCAAAUGUAACUGAAAUAUUGUACUUAUAGACUAUUUUAUCUAACAGCUGUUAAAAGUAAAAGCCAAACCAUGAAGUGACGUUUCAAUAAAA